GGGCGGUCGCCUUAUACGGAUUUAAUCGGAGGCGAUCGUACUGGAGUUGAGGCCUUGAAUCGGAUCGCUAGCGAUCGCUAGCGAGGUUCUCCGACGAGGCGUUGUGAUCCAAGGUGUAAGAAAUGCUACUUACGACACGGACUGCCGUGCCCGUAGCACGUUUUUAUUGCGUAUCUAGAAAUCGUCUAUACGGCCAGUAAGAGAUGUGCCUCGGCUGGAAUUUUAGCGACACUUUGCCUCUGUAAUUACUGUCAACCUUGACAAUUGAAGGUGCAAGUCAAAGUAGGGAAAUCGAUAUUUUUUUAUAAAUCUAUACAAUGUGUGACGAUUGCAGCGUACAAGUCGCUGUGCGAAUAAGGCCUCAGGUGGCCCGAGAGGUCAUCGAUGUGUGCAGAAUUUGCACAGAAGUACCGCCUGGAGAACCUCAAGUUUUUCUUGGGCCGGAUAAGGCUUUUACAUACGACUAUGUCUUCGAUACUCAUGUUGACCAACAGACGAUUUAUGAUAAAUGCGUUGCACACCUUGUUGAAGGAGCCUUAAAUGGGUUUAAUGCAACCGUUUUUGCUUACGGCCAAACGGGAUCUGGGAAGACGUAUACUAUGGGCACAGGAUUUGACGUUGAAAUAGAGGAAGAUAUUGUUGGUAUCAUCCCUAGAGCGAUUCACCAACUUUUUGAUAAGAUCGCUGAGAAAGUUGAACAAGCCCAAGAACGAGGACAGAUGCUUCCAGAUUUCAAAGUAACUGCACAGUUCUUAGAAUUGUACAAUGAAGAUGUCAAAGAUCUAUUAGAACCUGGUGGGCCAAGAGGAGGUGCUCGAAUACACGAAGAUUCCUUAGGAAUGAUUCACGUAACCGGUGUUUCAUCGAAAGUUAUAACCAGUCCCGAAGUAGCUCUAGAAUACCUGCGAUUGGGUGCUCUUUCACGUACAACUGGUUCUACGCAAAUGAAUACACAAUCCUCCAGGUCACACGCGAUAUUCACCGUGAACUUAAAGCAACAGAGGUGCGUCAAAAUUGAAGAUCCAGAUGCAGACAUCGACACUAGUCGAACAGACCCUGCUACCGAGUUUGAAACGCUCACUGCGAAAUUCCACUUUGUUGAUUUGGCUGGUUCGGAAAGACUGAAAAGAACUGGUGCUACUGGAGAAAGGGCUAAAGAGGGUAUCUCAAUAAACUGUGGCUUGCUAGCUUUAGGAAAUGUCAUUUCUGCGCUUGGAGAUAAGUCGAAGAAAGCCCUGCAUAUACCUUAUCGAGAUUCCAAAUUAACAAGGCUUCUUCAGGAUUCCCUUGGUGGAAACAGUCAAACCGUGAUGAUAGCAUGUGUGUCACCAAGUGAUCGGGACUUCAUGGAGACACUGAGCACAUUGAAGUAUGCUAAUCGUGCUAGGAACAUAAAGAACAAAGUUACCAUCAAUCAGGAUAAGAGUUCAAGAACGAUUGCCUCUCUGCGUAGAGAGAUACAACAACUUCAAAUAGAAUUAAUGGAAUAUAGACAAGGAAAGAGACUGAUUGACGAUAACGGCAUAAAUGAUGCCUGGCACGAAAAUCAAAUGUUAAAUAGCGAAUUACAAAAUCUUCGCACUCGUGUGAAAGCUCUGUCAGAAACAGUUGAAGCACUUACGGCGAAAAAUGUACUUUUGUUGGCUGAGAAGGCAACUGGACAAUGGUUAUCGUCUUCUCAAGGCGACGGUGAGGGGGUGACCAAAUUGGUUCAGGACUACGUGCAAGAAGUCGAAGAACUACGAGCUCGGUUACUGGAAGCAGAAGCGAUGUAUCAGCAACUGAAAAGAAGACAAAUUCAGAUGAACGCAAAUAAUUCUUACGCGGAUUCAUCGAGCAUUCUGCACAGCGACUCCUCUUCCAUUCUGAUCGAGGCAAAAAGGGAUCUCGAGAAAGAGAUAGAAACUCUGGCAAAUUUGAAGAAGCAACGAGCUCAGCAUGAUGUGGAAACUGCCGAGAAAGAGGAGUAUAACGAAGCUAAUGAAACUGGAAGUGGACAGGAAUCAAGCAGCGAAGAGGAUUCCGCGGAUGACGCUGCCAGGAAAGGGGAAGAUGAAGAAGAGGCUGCGAUGGGAAGACAGCUGGAGACACUGACGUCGGAUAUAGACGUGAAACAACGUUUAAUUAACGAACUGGAGCUCUCUCAAAGACGUCUUCGAAGCAUGAAACAGCACUAUGAAGACAAACUAGCCCAACUCCAAGCUCGUAUUCGAGACACCCAGGAGGAGAGGGACAAGGUCUUGUCCUCGCUUCAGCAACAUCCUGUCCCGCCUACGGAGAAGGCGAAGAGGUUGCGCGACGAAUACGAGAAAAAGCUCUCCGCGAUGCAGAAAGAGGUGCAGAUGCUUCAGUCAGCCAAGAAGGAACACACGAGACUCCUGAGGAGCCAGUCUCAAAACGAGAACAGACUGCAAGCUCUCCGUAACGACUUGGCGGAGAUGAAGAGGGCGAAGGUUAAGCUUCUGAACAAAAUGAGAGAGGAAGCACAGCGGCACAAGGAAAACGAGCUUAUGCGCAACCGGGAAAUCGCGAAGCUGCGAAAAGAGAGCCGGAAGAAUGCCAACACGAUCAGGUCGCUGGAAGCUGAGAAAAAGAUGAAGGAGGUCGUGCUUAGAAGGAAGCAGGAAGAGGUCACUGCUCUGAGGAAACGAGAUCGAGGAUUCGGUAGAAAAGUCUUCGGUAGGACGCCCGCUGAGACUCUUGGACCGAAGGUUCUCAAGCAACGAUGGCAGACAUUCGAGAGAACGGUAACCAAGCUAGCGUUAGCCAAGCAGGCUGCUACAGAGACCGAGAGAGAAAUGGAGAGGCUUUUGAGAGAAAGGGAGCAUUUGGGAAGGGAGCUGGAUCGGUUGCUUCGGAACAGAAGUACACUGAUAGCUUCCGGGACCGAAGUUAGUGCUGCUGAACUUGACGAAGAAAUAGACAAUGUUCGGAGCAAAGUCAGUUACUUACAGGAAAGCAUUGCAGAAUGUCAAAGAGAUGUGAUGCAAAUCGGGGACGGCGACGAAGAAGGUGAAAGCCAAGAGGAACCGGGGAUAGAAAGUCUUGUAGCCACAAUCAGAACGGUCGAAGAAGCACGGUACUUGCUUAAGAAAAUGUUAAAUCUUGCUGUUGAACAAGCUUGCACUGCCGUUGAGAAGCAAAUCGUCAUUAGGGACAUGGAGUCGCAAUUAAACGAAGUGGUGCAAGAAAGCGAGGUGCAACAUCAGCUACUGAAACACGUCCUGCGAGACAGGGAUCUUUUGUCCUUAUCGGGCGAGUAUCGCAACGAGUCCACGUUCUACAGUCCCACCAGUACGCGCAGCUGUUCCCCGGACAACAGUGACGCUUGCAGCAGUAUCGUGACCAGCGAUGAUAAACCUAAAAAUGACAAAAUAAGACGACGCAUGGCUCAACCACAGGAACUCUUGUUCGGCAUUGUCCCGGAUGUGGAGAACGUUAACGAUCAACCUAAAAGUUACAAUCAUUCGUUUAUGAGGCUAUCCAGCACGUCUGGUAAUCUAAAGUAAGUAUUGUACAUUUUCGGGGAAUAAUAUUAUUUUGCCGAGUAAUGUACCGAACAAAGAUUCUUGCCGUAUUCUCUGGAAAAAGGAAAAAGUAUGGAAGAAGUAUGUUUUUGAAUUUAAUGUUAAUAUGACAUAAAAAGUGCGAGUUUUACGCAAUAAUAAUCAUGUGCGUCAAAAGUGCAAUUUUUUUCAAUUUUCUUUUUUUUUUUAAAGAGAAAUGAAUUGAAACCUGCAACAGGGUUCUCGGGCUUCCUAUUGUAGUACAAAGAUUGGGGUUUAGAGGUUCUUUUUGAAAACUUGAAAUAUUAAUUUUAAAUAAUUCUACUAAUAACAAGGUGCCUUUAAAGAAUAUUGCAACGGGAAUAUAAUUCCUUGCGUUAUGGGAAUUUAAGCGAAUAAGCGUUCGUUACCUGUUGAAAUAUCAUUUACAACGUGUACUUAAUUUAGCUUGCAAUUAAUUUAAUUUAAAAGGGGGUUAAUACUGUUUGAAUAGUAGUAACAAAAUGGAGAAAAGUGGGGGACAGUGCCUUCAUGUCAUAGAAAUGGUUACGAUCUGUGCAAUCUGUUAUCGAUCAAACAGCGGACAUAGUGUACAGUAGUCUAGGAAUGUAACUGUUAUAAAAUAUAUUUAUUACAUUUUCUAUUCAAGAUA